AUGUCUUCAAACAUUCAAUCUGAAGCUCGCUACGUUAUCGUCAACAAGAAAUCGGGGACCGUAAUCGACCUCUCUGGCACUGACAAUUACCAGGUCAUCGGUUGGGAGCGCCACAAUGGAACAAACCAGCAGUGGGAGACUAUUGAAGUAGGUGGAGGAUGGCACAUCAAAAAUGUUGGAAAUGGAAAAUACCUCAGUCUUGGAGGAGCUAGCGCACAAGAUGGUGUUUCCGUAGUCGGAACGGACGAUCAUUUCUUAUGGGAGCUCAAGACGGACGAUAAAGACCCCAACGGUGUUAGAAUCAAAGUCCCUCAUUCUUACCAGAACGUCGAUCUCUCUGAUCAUGGCAAUCCUACUCCGGGCACCCACGUCGUCGUUUGGGGUCGUUGGGAGGGGACGAACCAGGUCUGGUACUUCGAACAAGGUAUUAAGCCUCCCCUGAACUACGAGGCAUCCGUUCUGACAUCCUUAUGCGUCCAGUUUGACUUUGAGGGGCCAAUCGUGUCAAAGGAAAAUCCUAUGUUUCCCAUGAAGCUCGAGAGAUAA